GUUGGCUUAACAGAGAGCCGUUUUAGCUGAGCUGGCUGUUGGGCUGUUUUGAGUUCCUGUCGACGACUUUCUGUGAGUGGGAGCAGUCUCUAAAAAACAGGAAGAUUUACACAUCGAGUGGGAAGCGGGUCGAAACAGUUUCCUAUCCACAUUUCACACCAGCUGUGUUGAGCUAUUAGCAAAAAAGGAGUUCAAGCUCUGUGGAAGCGACGCUGAAAUGGACCCCGCCAGUCAAGAUAUCAACCUGAACUCUCCUCACAAGGGCCUCGUGGCGGAGAAUUCAGCCGUCCUGUCUGACGUUCAGGUGGAGGGAGUGGUGGAGGGAGUGGUGGAAGGAGCGGUGGAGGGAGCAGGAGCAAACGCAGUCAAUCCUCUUCCCCCCGGCCUGACGGAGGAGGAGGCAGAGGAGCUCCGCAUAGAGCUCACCAAGGUGGAAGAGGAGAUCAACACCCUGCGUCAGGUUUUGUCGGCCAAAGAGAGACACGCCCAAGAGCUGAAGAGGAAACUUGGCCUCAGCCCGCUCAACGAACUGAAGCAGAACCUUACCAAGAGCUGGCAGGACGUACAGACCUCCAACGCCUUUGUGAAAACCACUGAGAAACUGGGCGAGUGGAAUGAGAGAGUUACCAACUUGGAACUAUAUCUGUCUGCCUCAGCCACUUUGGAUGACAUUUCCCGCUCUGAAGCAUACAAGAAGACUCAGGAGACUCUCUCCCAGGCGGGACAGAAGACAAGUGCAGCUUUCUCCACAGUGGGCACGGUCCUCAGCAAGCGACUGGGCGACAUGAGAGCUCUUCCUUUCUCUAAUUCGUUUAGUAGCAACUAUUCCAUUCGCCACUCGAUAAGUAUGCCCGCCAUGAGGAACUCUGCGACCUUCAAGUCCUUCGAGGACAGAGUGGAGACCCUGAAGACUAAGGUUGUCGGCCCUAGAGGAAAUGGGGAAGCUGUCACCCCCACUGACACCACCCCCACUCAGGAGAAUCCGCCUUUCUGAAUGCAUCCCUCCUCCUCCUCCUUCCUCCUCGCUGCCACCUUCCUCACGACCUGAGACUGUACUGUUAUCACCUCACAUCGCAGACCUUUGACCCUCCACCGCACCGACUCCACUCGCUUUGCCCUGAGGUCUGUCAGUGCAGACGGGUGGGGGUGCAGGACUGGUGGGUUUGAGGUGGGACAAGCUUUCCUAUCGCUGCUGGUCCCACGGCCUCCAUUGUUCCGCCUCACUGUUGAGGGAAAGGAAAAUGUUUUGUUGAUGUCUAAACCUGAAUCAUUUACAUCGUCACCCCCUGCCUUUACCUCCACCCGAGUUAGACCCACUUUUGUUAGUCCAAAUAAGUUUUUACUUUUUUUGCAACGGGUUGCUCCUGCAAAUCACCUGACUUACAAAAAGGCAUAUAAAGGCAUUAUUAAGUUGUCAGGCUCUUAAACUAAAUGGGAAACUUCACGUUUAAUUCUGUGUGUUGAUGCAUCUCUGCAGCAGUAUCCAAAAUCAGAGUUUAAGAAGCAGGACAUCUUUAGACUAAAGGUGGAGGAGCAUUUUACGGGCAUACGCAAGAUGGUGGCAUAUACUGCUACUAUUUCUGUCUUCUCGUUUCUGACUACUAUCGUGUUCUUUAACUCAUGCAUUCACACUGUGAUCACAUGCUAGUGUCAGCACAGUAUCCCUCACCCUUUUCUCAAACUUGUACAGUCACCUUCACAACCUGCUGUGUGAACGCAGGCUACACUCGCAGGUCAGCGCCCACACCUCCCCCCCCUCUUAGACCUUUUACUGCUACAUGCAUGUGCAUCUCAUCUCAGUUGUACCAUACCGACCAAGCAAAGAAGACAGAGGUUUCGUGUAACACCCUUAAAUAAACAAAACAACUAGGAUGUAAAAACAAAAGAUAAAACCUUAAACCAUUUUGUAUUACAAACUAUUUUACACUGCUUUGCAUAAUGUUUUUACAUAACUUUUAUCAAUAUGUAUAAAUAUAUAUGAAUAAAUAUAUUGUCACUGGUGCUGCCGUAUGGUGGUAUCGGGUUGGGAGGUUUAGGGGGAAACAAAUGCAGGAGGAGAAAAACUUAAAACAAACACCAUGGGUCGGUUUCACAGGCGUGAGUUAUUGUCAGUCAGGGGGUUUUUUGUUCUGCUUGUGAAUUAAAAAAUGGUUUAAAUGUUUGUGAAACCGACCCAUUUACAGGCUGCAGUCAACUUAUCAGACGAGAUGAACAUAACCAAACUGGUUUCAUUUUACAACCUGAAACUGAUUGCUAGCAGGAUGCUAACGCUGUGAUUUUCAAGUGAAACUAAAACACCAGGAUGAAAGUGAAACUACCUUGACUGUGGUUCUUCUCUACUCUGGUUUGACUGCUGAUCCCUUCCUGUUGUUAACACACAGAACUCAAUGUGAGAUGAUGCUUUGCUGUGUACACUACCUGGUGAAUGUCAACGCUUCUCUAUCGGCCUUAUUCACUUUAAAUGGUUCACCUGUUUAUUAUAAGUUAGAAAAAGAGAUGUUUUUUUUUUGUUUCUUUGCGUUCCUUUUUUAAAAGAUUGUACAGACUGGUUGUCUUGAAAGAACGGGAGAAAGCGUUAUUUAGAGUCCGACGGGCCACAAAAUGUGUCAUGAAAAAAUCUAGCUGCCAUAGAAGAAACUUUUCCAACAACCUCUUAAUGCACUCCUGUUAAAACACACUAAAUGCUACUAAAAGCCCUGAUCACACACUGUGCAUUAAGCCAAACUCACACACAUGUUGUACCAAAUCACUGUUGCUCUUAUUGUUUUGCCCCAGAAGUGAUAAAGCACAAGCUCUUACAAACUGCAUGGCCUCAGAAACCGUGACAUUAAACCUGAAAACACAGAGAUGUGCAGUACUGUCACUUUUCUCCUAAAGAAAAAAAAAAGGUUGUGUUUUUUUCAAUAAAGUUGCAGAUUCAAAGUUGAAUCUGCCUCUGGAGGUUUGACAAAAUGUUACACCCCUGUAACAAGGAAACUCUAUUAAAAUUGCCAACAUUUGUCAUUGAGGAUGAUCAUGAAAUGUUCUCAAGGGACUAAUUAAUUUUCAUUGUUGCCAAAAAUGUUUUCCCCCCAUUACAAGUAUAGAUUGUUUCUCUGGUAUGUUCACUGCAAUGUCUCAAGUUAUCAUGUGUAGACACAUUUUAUUGAGGUGAAAGAAAAGGUUAAUUAUGAGCUGUUGUAUACCUUCAUAUUUUGGAAAUCAUUGAAAGAUUCACGCCAAAACUCCCCAGCUUGCAGUCUAACAAAAAGAGCAGAACAUUUAAAAAAAGACAUAAAUAGUUCUGUAUGACGGAGCUGGGCUUCAAAGAACAAACAAUAUAUGAAAAUAAACACCGCUUGUAAACAAAACUUUCGACUUCAAAACUGCUGCCAGUUUAUCUUCAAUGUAUUUUCUUGUUUUGUGUCCAUCAUUUUGGUAGGUAAUAUAUAACUGUUAGGUGAUUUUCAGUUUCCUUUUGGCUUUCCUUCAGUCUGGAGAGGUGGAUUUUUAAGAGAAUAUUUGUUAUUUAUACAAAUUAUUUGCCAUCAGUUAAAAAAAACAAGUUGCCAAUAUUUAAAUAUGUUACAAAAUGUUCACUUUCCGCCUCUGAAUCUGAUGGAGUCUCUGAACUUCUGCCUCGCCAAGAUAGAAAAGUAGUGUCGCUGUUGCCUGUUUAUUGCUGCAUUCAGUUUUGUGAGCCUGACGGGAAAAUGAUGAUGGUCUUUUGUUGUGGGUGCCUAUGGGGAGUGCAGCACAUGAUGAGCGUGCUCAGAGAGGACAGUAGAGUACUCAUAGCUUUAUUUAGGUCCUGGGCCUAGCUGAUGUAGAAUAUGGAAAGGGAUCAGAUUUGGAAAAUUAUGGUGAAUUAAUUAAAAAACAUUUGGUUUUGUUGUAUAUGUUUGGAUAUCAAUAAAGCAUUCCUUUAAAUGAA